UUGGUUGUGUCGGUAACGAGUUGUCCCUGGGCUAUUGCCCCUGCCUCUCCCUUCCCCUCAGUACUGACGCUGAAAACCAUGGAGGAAGCCUCCAAUGCCACAGUUCCUGGCUUUCUCAUUAAGCUCUGGACGUUAGUAGACGACACCAACUUGGAUGAUGUGAUUCGCUGGAGUGAGAAUGGUCACAGCUUUCUCGUUGUGAAUGAACAAAACUUUGCCAAAAACAUACUUCCAAAAUACUUCAAACAUAACAAUAUAUCCAGCUUCAUACGGCAGCUCAACCUGUAUGGUUUCCGAAAGGUGCUUGCAAUGGAAAAUGGAAAGGUUUUACAAGGGAAGACAUUAACUAUGGAAUUUCAACAUCCAUUCUUCAAAAAGGGAGGAUCCAGCCUUCUAGAAAACAUCAAGCGCAAGGUGCCAACAAUGAAAAUUGAGAAUGUCAAAACUUACCCUCGUGAGUUGCAGAGAAUAAUGAGUGAAGUGCAGGAUAUGACAGACAAGCAGAGUAGCAUGGAUGCCAAAUUUGCAGAACUGAAAAAGAAAUAUGCAACACUUUGGCUUGAAGUGACAGAGCUAAGACAGAAUUACUGCAAGCAACAGCAACUUUUAACACAGAUUCUUCAGUUUAUGUUGAAUUUGAUAGGUGAAAACUACAUGGUAAACACAGAUAGAAAAAGGUCAUUUCCACUUAAAUCUGGGGCUUCAGCUUCCAAAUGUGCUCAUCAGUAUUUCCAUAUUCCAGAGGAGAAGAAGAAAGAAGCUAUGCAGAUAUUACAAAAUGGUUAUACACUUAUUGAAGAAAAAUAUAAAAAUCUCCUUGACAGUAUCAUACCUACUUUGAAAGAUGAAUCUAAAACCUUAGUUUCAUGUAUGGACCAGGCAAUUGGAGAUGAUGGAGAGGAUCUUAAAAUGUCUAUUCAGGAUAUACCUAUUAAUGAAAAUUCAUCGGAUGUUGAUAUGUAUUCAUCUAUACCCGAUUUUCAAGAACUAAUGACUGAAGACUAUUUAGGAGAGGAAACUGACAAUAUUUCUUUGGAGUUUAUGUCUUCUCCUUCUGAGGAUAAUUAUUCAAUCUUUACUGAAGACAAAUCAGACAGUCAAUUUAAUACUAUAAUGAAUAGGGAUGAAAUGUAUAUGCAGGGUAUUGAAGGAAAUCUGGUGGAAAUUAAGUCCUUGCAAUCUAGGAAGAAAGUGAACUGUGAUGCUGGUCAUGUCAAUGAGCCAGUCAGUUCUAAACUUCCUACUUUAAUGACAAACGAAACUGAAACUUUAUCCAGUAUGGAUGUCAUGGCAGAAAUUGAUACUCUUGAUUUAAUGAAUAGUGAAGAAGGAGAGAGGAAUCUACUUGAAGCCAAUGGAAGAAAAGAACAGCAUGUGGCAGAAUACAAGAAAUAUGCCCUGCUUUCCCUGUUAGAAGAGGUGCCAAAAAAUGAUUUUGGAGAAAGACUUCAAAAUUCUAAUGACCUUCUUUUGGAUGAUCUGAAGAAUCCAUCGUUGGUCUUAUCAGAUUUCAAUGACCAUGAUUGUAUAGCCCUGAAUGUUUCAUCUCCAGGAAAUGUAAAUACUAUUGAAAACUCUGCACCCCACUUGUAUGUGGAAACAAAUGGAGAAUCUAUGCUGUUCCCUUUGGUUUUUCUCAGCCCUGUUACCAAUUUUGAUGAUGAAUCCAACAAACUUGUGUCUUCUACUUGAAUUUAUUUUGAGCUCCCCCCAUUCUAGCUUCCUGCUAGAAAAGUGGCAAUGAUUCAAAUACCUUUGGCUAUCUAGUAUAUGCCCCUUCAUCUCUUAACCUCUGUGAAUUGAAAAAUACAGUUAAAAUUGUUGCUUGCUGGUACCUAAUCAAGUUUUCACAACUGGGAUUAAAUUCAAACCACACACACAAAAAAAGAUAGAGAACACAUUGAAGUUGGGAGGGCAUGUAAAAAAAUGUAAAUCAACAUUUUGCUGAUACCUUAUUUACAUCCAGAAGUUUAUGUUAAGUACUACAAAGGAUGACAAUCUUCAAAAUAAAUAGCAAAUCCAUGUAGCUAGUUUCUGCUGAUAGCAAGCAAACUAUGCCAUUCCAGGGAUUCUUGAGACAAAUAUAUUUUGAAAAAUAUUUUCAAAAGCAAGGAUUUUUUUGUGAAUUCUGGAAAGGACAGGACUAAAAUUUUCCCUUGAUUUUACAGGUACAUUUA